AUGAGCAGACCAACCGCUCCGGAGCCGCUGUUACCGCCCCGCAGGCGCUCCAUCACAGAAGGCCCGGAAUCCCCCAUGGACCCAGCAAUUCAAAGGGGACUCUUCGCCCAGCAGCGACUUCCGAUCCCUAAAUCCUCCUCGACUCCUCGAGGGCCAAGCAUACCGACUACAACGCCUUCCGAAGAACCAUCCACAACCCCGCCUACAGCCCUCGAACCACCACUUGCCCGCCAUCCAACUACUCCCCGCUCCAAGGGCACCUGCCGCGGCUGCACACAGCCCAUAAUCGGCAAGUCGGUCAAAGCAGCAGACGGCCGUCUUACAGGGCGCUACCACCGGCAAUGCUUCGUCUGCAAGACGUGCCGGGCCCCCUUCGCGACCGCAGAUUUCUACGUCAUCAGCAACGAGCCAUACUGCGAGCGGCACUACCACAUUCUCAAUAAGAGCCUGUGCCAGUGCUGCGACAAGGGCAUCGAGGGGCAGUAUCUGGAAACGGAGCAGCGGCAGAAGUUCCACCCGGCGUGCUUCAAGUGUCAGCAGUGUCGGGUUGUGCUCAAGGAGGACUACUUUGAGGUUGGCGCCAAGGUGUACUGUGAACGACAUGCGUGGGAAGCUGGACGCCAGAAUACCGGUGCGUUCCUUGGACCUGGUGGUAGGAAAAACCCUGCGAGGAGGACCACGAGGCUUAUGAUGAUGGGAUGA